AAACGCGAAAAGCAAGAGUAAGGAGCGAUCAUUGUUAAGCUGAAUGGUCAAACAGCGUGGAUACUAGGUGGAUGGCAACAGCGAUGAUCGUAGUACGAGGUCGAUAGAAAGACGCUAGAACGUUGCGACCGCUUGCGGCUGCAGCUGCGGCGUCAUCAGUCGCUGCACCUGCAGCUGCGGUGGUGGCGGUGGCGACGAUUUAAUAAGAGGGCGAAACGAUGCAGAACACCGGUGACUAUUAUCAAAGAGCGCCGAGAUGUUGUCCGGGUAGAAAUGGCAACAGCAAUAACAACAAUAAUAGUGCGAGCGGAUCGGUGCGAGGCGCGGAGCUGCUCUGCUGCUGCUGCAGCUGCAGCACCUCUACCUCCACGAAGACUCCGGGAUUGCUAGCGAGUCUUGGCGUGUGUGUGCUCGUCCUCGGCUACACCCUCCUCGGCGCGUUCGCCUUUAUGGCCCUCGAGGGAGACCUUAAAUCGGAUUCGCUUACUGAGAUUCCAUCCUCAAAAUCCGAUGGGGCUUCCUAUGUGCUGCCUAAUCUGGAGAACGACUCCGUUGCCACAGAAUUAAGAGCACGCACGGUCGAAAAGCUAUGGAGUAUCACCGAGGAUCUUAAUGUUCUCUACAAAGAGAAUUGGACUCGCCUAGCUGCUCGAGAAGUCCUCGAGUUCCAAGAGAAUCUGGCCCGCGGUCUUAGGCGCACUUCUUACGAGCAGGUGCCUCCGCGGUCCCGAGAGCAUCAGGCGGAUAGACGACUACACGGACGACGAUGGACUUUCAGCAGUAGCUUGCUGUAUUCUCUGACGUUAAUUACUACCAUAGGAUAUGGUAGCGUAGCACCACGCACAGUUUGGGGCCGAUUGAUCACUAUAGUUUACGCCUUGGCGGGAAUUCCGCUGAUGCUGGUUUAUUUAAGCACAGUAGGUGACGUGCUCGCCCGAAGCUUCCGUCGUCUCUAUGGACGCAUAUGUCGGCAACCGCGUAACUGCACUCGAAAACAACAACCACCGCCACCGCCACCGCCGGUCGGUGGUAUAAUGACCAAAGCGUAUCGCUACGACAAUCACGUGGAGACCAAGGGAGGCGGUAACUACUAUUCGGCAAGCAGGGAAAGUUCCUGCGACGAUUUGGGUAUUCGCGGUACUGGCAGCGCAAUCUUGCUCGACUGCGGUAGUGAGGGUCUCUUGCACGCUACCACCAGUUCGACAGCCGCGCUCCAGGAUGUGACGGGUAACGGCAAGCGACAUUUUCAUCCGUGUUCGCUGUCUUUAUCAUCAACUUCAUCACCGGCGUACAUGCUAGAGACCAAUCCCGUCAGGAUACCGAUCAGCUUGUGCCUGGCGAUAAUGCUAGUGUAUAUAUGCGGAGGUGCGAUCAUGUUCAAUCGUCUGGAAGGCUGGAGCUUGUUGGAGGGCGGGUACUUCUGCUUCACCAGCCUCGGUACGAUCGGCUUUGGAGAUCUGAUGCCAGUGGGACGUAACGCGCCCUCAACCACCCUGGAGGAGUUCAGCCUGUGUGCAUGCGCGCUCUACAUCCUCGCUGGGAUGGGCCUGAUCGCCAUGUGCUUCAACCUCGUCCAGGAGGAGGUGGUACGCGUGGUCAGGGUCUUCGGUAGAACCUGCGGCAUGUCGUCGGGCGUGGUGGUCGGACCUAUCGGUGGUACAGCAGGCGCCACUUCUGGUCUCAAGGCCGAUCUCGAUGAUGGAGGCGGCACCAGCGAUUCGCGAUUGUCCGAACAAGAAGAGGAGGCGAUCGCCAUGUCAAUGGUGCCGGCCGGUUCCUGA